AUGCAUUGCAAGAAAAUAGAAAAUGGACACGCAGACGCGCUAAAUUACAGACCAGAUUAUAAAUUAGAAGAGAAGACUAUCAAGCCAGCUAUUUUAAAAUAG